AUGGUCGGCCUUACGGUGCUCCCCCUCACGCGCGUUCCCAAGUGGCCUGCCUACUUCAUUCAAGCAGUCGGCCUCGGACUGUUUAUUCAAGGCUACGCUGCGUGGGGCUGGCCGACGUACCUGGACAUUUUACCCCCAAAGUACCAAAUCGACUCGGGCGAUGUCCCUCCAGAGGCAGUGAACGCGACGGCGACGUCGGCCAACGUGACGUGGGAGCCACUGGACAACGUGGUUGGGUACGCGCUCAUGCUGAACGGCGUGCAAGUGGCACGAACCCAUCGACUUUGGGCCACCGUGGACAACCUCCAGCCAAAUCGAACGUACUACAUCCAAGUGUCGGGCAUCGGGAACGGCGGCGUCGACGGAUGGCCUGGACUCGAAGGCAACUUUUCGACGCUGCCCUUCCAGACGUGA